GCGAGGAGAGAGAGACAAGGGCGCCAUAUCUGGGGCGGCGCUGCGCUUGCAGCUCUGGGAGGGAAAAACCCUUUGUGACUGUCGCCGCUCUGCCCGCUCAUCCUAAUUUUCGGCCUUGAUGUAACAAUAUUCACAAUUAAGAUCCUUUGACGGACACACAACUGCUGGAACUCGAACAGGCAUCUGCAAACAGCCAAAGACGUUGGACCAGAAAUCAGAAAACAUCAUUAUCACUGGUGCAGGUGUGUGAAUACUGCUGCAGUACAUUUGUGGCGCAUUAGCAUCAAGAGAAGAACACACUUUCAUCUUUUUGAAGUCUUAGCUCACCGUCAUGGAGUCGACAGUGGAGGAAAGAGUUGAAAAGCUCAAGCAACUGCUAUCAUCAGAGGAUUUGUCACAAAACAAUAAGUCCCCAAAGAUGCAACUAUUCUCUUUUUUGGCGAUGUUGAACGCAUACGAUCCUGAGGCCUACCUCCUGAUGUCUGAGUGUCAACAGAUCCUCGGACCACCUGAUCCCAUCCAUGGCGGCCCCCCCUUUGAAAAACGAAUGGAGCCUUUCAUUGACUUUAUCAACAUAUCCGGUCCGUCUGAACACAAAUGUUCGAUUUACCAAGUGUUCGCGAAGACUGCUGUGAACGAACUAGCUGCCCUAGGUCUUUCCAGGAGUGCUACCAUGAAGGAGUUCAUGGUUUCACUCUGUGGAGAUCAGACUCAGCCACAUAUAAUCGACUCCAUUAAAACAUUGCUGACAACGAGAGUAUUGGAAGAAAAGGGUAGAGAGAAGUUCUCAAGGUUGAUUUCAGACAUACAGGAGAAAGAGAAUUUCUACAACGCUGUGUCUGUAUUGAAAACCGCAGCUUAUAAACUGACAGGGAACACCUUUUUCCCCCAAACAAUUUCUCGUCUCUAUUACAUCAGAGGAGGCAUCAUUGACUAUAAAAAAGCUGAGGAGUGGGCUAAUACUGCCAUUAGAAGAGCUCCAAAAAACUCUUAUGUUGCUGACACUCUCGGGCAGGUUCAUAAGAACCAAUUUUUGAGGGAAUCCUGGCAACCUGAGGAAAUCUUACGCAAGGCAAAAGUGGCCUUCCAAGCCUUUAAAGAUGUUGAGGUGAAAGCUGACGAAGAAGUGAGCCCAGACAUGGUAGACUCAGCAGGUACUGAAAGCAUUUCAGUUACCUUCAACAACAGAGGCUACUUUGGCUUCAUGCAAGUGGCAAAGAUAGCCUUUGAGAAACUCAGCAGGUUCAAACUGAAUCACAGCUUCAUCCAGGAGAAAAAAAUGGAAGUUAAAGCCAAGUUUGCCUUCUUCCAAUGGUACCUCGCCUACUCUCAGCCUGACAUGCAAUCUUUGGAGCCAUCUUACUUCUGGAAGGAUGUUGCUCUUUGUUACGAAAUGUACACAACAAACAAAGCAACUGAGUCCAUCACCUUUGCAGGCCUCCUCGAUAGUCUGAAUCGAGGCCUUUUCACUUCUAAGGGAAGGCGCGCUUUGUUUGAGGAGCACCAGGAAACAGUGUCUGAUUUGGAGGCAAACCAAGGCUCUUUGAAAGCCAACUACGAGGAAAACUUUGAUGUCAAAGCAGCUGAAAUGUACAUUCUCUCCAACAUCAUCUUGAGCAACAAGAUGCACAACUCUCCUAUGCUCACCCCGGUGAAAGAACUCCAAGCAAUAAUAGACCGAUUCUUGGACACAGAAAAACGCGGCAGAAGCCCUGAGUUUUACCUUUUGGUUCUGCUGUUGUUUUGGUCUGACGGACAAUCUCAGGCCGUGCAGGAAGAGGAGGAUGAAGAAGACGAACAACAGAGCACAGAGGAUGACUUUUUGGAGGACACAACGCGGGAGGAUGAGGCAAUCGAUGAUUAUCAAGAAGCCAGAGAAAUGCUUAGAGAACAUUCUCUUGACCGCUUAAUUAACUUUAAUUUGCAACAGUAUGUUACAUUAAUGGAGCAAGCUUUUGAGACAACCAGAUAUGCCAAGUACCUUCGAGGUCGGUACCUUUUGCCUCUCUUCUUUCUGGGCAAGGGCUCUGGACUUCGCAAAUGGAUUCACAAAUCAAAGUUGGAUGCAAUUGUGGAAAAAAAAGUGCACGCUGAGCUAUCUGAUGAACAAGGAGAGAGAACGAAAGAGAAAUGGAUGCGGAUCCAUGAAAUGUGGAUCACAGGGGAUGUGUGGCGAAUCCAAGAAAUCCAAGACAUGCUGAGCCUAAUCAACGUGGAGCCAUGCCAGUCUCCACUAUCUCCACAGGAUCACAAGAUGGUGUACGUUUUGGCUGGGGGGAAGAAAAUAGAAGCUAAAACCAGAGUUUACCCUGAUGAUGAUUCAGCGCCAGGCCCAAUGCUUUCCUAUCUUGGCUUCACCAUCCAGGGUCCUCUCGUCUUCAGAGUGAGAGAUCCUCAAAUGUCUGGACAGUGAUUGCAUGAAUGACCACUUUGGGACUACAAGAUGAAUGUCAGUUCCAAGUGUCAUGGCCACCCAUUCAGAAGUUGCUGAGAUAUGUCAGUCUGGACCAAAAUGGUGGACUGACCAACAUUGUUAUCCCUAGAGAGCCUGCCUAAUGUGUUUUACACAAACGUUGCAUUUGUAACAGAAAGAUACAAAAAUCAUGAAAAAUAGGUCAAAAAAUAAUUCUGAUGCGGUAAAGUGUAAAUGAUCAACUUUUUCAGACCAUUGGUAAAUCAACCGUAGGUUUUGAGGUUGUAUCAUGUCCCACAAAUGAUUUUUCCUUUAACAAUUACUUUUGGUGAAUUGGUGUUUCAUAAAGAUUCUCUCAAAAUCAGAUAUUCAUUCUUUGACUUGUUGAUUUAACAAUGAUUGACCUUACUUUGACCUUAUCUGUAUCUUAACCACGUGGCUUCCAUUUUAAUAAUGCUGGUAGUGUAAUUGAAUAUAAUGAGUAUUGAGUCUGAUUUCAUAUCAAAGACAUUUUUAUUUUAAUGUGCUUUUUACAAUUGUCAGGAUUGGGGAAUAUAGGACCCAAAUGCAGUAAAAGACAACACAUCUUACAUUUUGUAAUCUACAAGAAGAGACUAUUGGCCAUUUAUUUUACGACUGCUUGUAUUGAAGAAUAUUGUGGUAUGUAGAAUGUUUUAUUCGGAAAACGACGGGACAAAGGGUUCAACUCCAGGACAAAUACAUUCUUUUGUACUUCAGGGAUGAUAGUAUGGUUGCAGAUUUUGUAUUUUUUGUGCAGUUAGUUGUAUUUUUAGGUACAUUUUACAUCCAUAAAAAGAAAUGGGCUGACUACAAACUACAUUUUGUACAUUUCUAUCAAGAAUGUAAAGAAUAUAUUAGCACUAUUAAGAACAUUAGGAAUAAGAAGGCAAUCAAAACUAAUUUUGAAGUAUCAAAAUGUAUUUUUCUUUAUUUUUUUCUUUAUUUACUGCAUAUGUAAUGUCUUGUUGCUUUGUAAUUCUGCCCAUGGACUUUGUCUGUUGUACAGUAUGUCAAAUGUAUGAUGUUCAUGUAUCACAAAGAUGAAUAAAAAAAAUAUACAUACAAAAA